CGCAGCCGCCGGCCGCGCGCCAUGGACGACACCCGGCGAGACCGCGCGCCGCUCACCGUCAUCGUGGCCCCCAGCAACGCCUCCCCGCCGCGCCUGUCCCCCGCCGACCUGCUGCCCGACGGCGACGCCGCCUUCCACCCGCUGUCCGCCGUCAACGGCCGCCUCACGCCGCCCGGCCUCGAGCCCGCGAGCUACGCGACGCUCACGCCGCUGCUGCCGCUACCGCCCAUCAGCACCGUAUCGGACAAGUUCGCGUACCACGCGGGCGGCACCUUCACGGUCAUCCAGCAGCAGCAGUCGUACGCGUCGCUGUCGCCGGCGCCGUACAAUGAGCCGCUGUCGCCGCAGUCCGCGUACAGCCGGCGGAGCGCCUCGCCAGGCUCGUUCGAGCGGCGCUCGCCCACGCCGCCGCUGCCGAGCCCGGGGCUCGACCUGAACGCGGCGCUGCUCGCGCGCGAGGAGCAGGCGCAGCAGCAGGCGCAGACCCAGAUACAGAAUGACACGGAGGAGAUAAACACGAAGGAGCUGGCGCAGAGGAUAAGCGGCGAGCUGAAGAGGUACUCGAUCCCGCAGGCGAUCUUCGCGCAGAGGGUGCUCUGUCGGUCGCAAGGGACUCUCAGUGACUUGUUGAGGAACCCCAAGCCCUGGUCGAAGCUCAAGUCGGGGCGGGAGACGUUCCGGCGGAUGUGGAAAUGGCUGCAGGAGCCCGAGUUUCAGAGGAUGUCAGCGUUGAGGCUAGCAGCGGCCCAGAUUCCGCAGAGAGGCAGUUGCAAACGCAAGGAGGAUAUGGGUUCGGAUACUCUGCCUUCGCCGAAGAAGCCUCGUUUGGUUUUCACAGAUCUCCAGCGGCGUACUCUACAAGCUAUUUUUAAGGAAACGAAAAGGCCGUCAAAAGAGAUGCAGGUGACGAUAGCGAGGCAACUGGGCUUGGAGCCGACCACCGUUGGCAACUUCUUUAUGAACGCACGCAGAAGAUCGAUGGACAAGUGGAAAGAUGACGACGCUCCCUCAUCAGAGCUGGACCCCAGCUGCGACGGCCAAGACCUCGACCACGUCCCCAGCCUGGACUCCGCGGACUCCGACGAGGACCACGAUGACCCAGACGACCACCUCUUGUGACGCCGCAUACCUCAACAACAUCUACUAGUGCUUUAAAACUUGGAGUUGUCACAGAAAUCAAAAGAACUGGUCCGUAUUUCUAGUCAAAUUUUAAGUUUAGUUCUUUCAUCGUGAUCGCAAGUUUACUUGUGACCACGUCGUGAGUAUUAAGGUGUUGACUGUUGUAUCGACUCCCAAGUAUUGUACAGUUUUCGCUGGGACGUCGAGUCACAAUACUGAUCUCUUAUAAUUAUUAUAUCUAGUCAAACGUAUUCAAAUAGUUUAAUUUUGUAUAAGAAAAGGAUCGCAGUUUUCAAUGCCGGAUAUCAGUUUAAUACAUACAAUAAGGUCAAUUACAAUUACAUACCUACGUUAAAUGGCAAUGCUAUAUGUAUUUUAAUUUUUAAGCUUGUUUAGAUAAUUUAUUUCACGAGCAAUAG